GGACACGGCUUGACCUGCACUUCACGCCUGGGUCCUUUCCAAUACAUGACAGCAUCGCUGUUUUCUGAGUAGUCAUACAACUUGUUAGCUAUUCCACAACAGUGCACUGUUGACAACUUGAAAUGCAAGACCGCACCCUUUGCCGCUGAGGCUUGGCAACCUCAAUUUAUAGCCUGGGCGACUCACUAAUAGCAAAGAAUUGACGUUGACGCGGUCGGAGAAGGAGCACCUGCACGACAAUGUCUUCUUUCAGCUUUCCGACGAACCUGUCCACAGAGGAGAUUCAACAAUGCCUCGCGGACCUCCAAAUCUACCUUGAUAUCAACCAGCUCACAAAGCCGACGUAUGAGGGUGUGCGGCCGUACUUUGAGCAGGCGGUCAUCGCCCUCGCUGGCAUCUCCAGGGAGGAGCUGAUGCAGCCCAAAUUCAGCGCCCUGAGCGUAUUUGAAUUCCCGGAGCUGCACGACGAGUCCAUCCCCACCACCAACUUCUUCCGCCAUCUCACGCGCCUGAUGCUCAUCUGCGGCGUCAAGGACUUCAACCUAAACGAUGUGUUCAAGCCCGACCCGGCCCGCCUGCGCCGCAACCUGUGCGCCCUCAUCAACUUCGCCAAGUUCAGGGACGAGAAGGUGGCGCUGGUGGACGAGCUGGAGGCGGGGCUGGCAGCCAACGUGGCGGCGGAGGCGGCGGCGGCGGCGGAGUACGAGAGGAAUACCGCUGAGCUGCGGCGGCUUCAGGAGCUGCGCUCGGCCCGGCAGGCGGAGGUGGGCGCCAUCGAGGCGGAGGCGGCGGGCACGGCGGCGGCCAACGCGCAGCUCAACAGGGCGCAGGCGGCGCUGCAGAACGAGGUGCGUGUGCUCAAGAGCCAGAUCAACGGGCUGACGGACGCGGCGGCCGAGGCCAAGAUCAGCCUGGGCGGCCUGCACGCGGAGGCGGAGCAGCUGCAGGACCAGAUCGUGCAGAGCCCCGACAAGCACCGGCUGGCCAUCGCCGACCUGGUGUCCGCCACCGAGCAGCAGCGCACCUACUACGCCGCGCUGUGCUCCGCAAGCAACGACCACGACCGCAAACUGGAGGUCAUGGCCAAGUUCGAGCGCGAGCUCCAGCGCUGCAUCAAGCUGCAGGAGGAACUGGAGGGGGUGGUGGCCCGCAAGAAGGACGUGAGCGCCGCGGCCAAGGACACACGAGAGGCCAUCUCGGGCGAGGAGCGGCGCUACGGCGAGCUGUCCUCUGUGGCGCUCACCUCGCGGCGCCAGCUGGCCAGCCUGCAGGACAAGCUGGGACGCAUCGAGCAGCAGGGCCAGCUCAAGGUGGAGGCGGCGGCGGCGCUGGUGGAGGAGCAGGCCAAGCGGCGCGAGGCGGUGGAGGCGGAGCACGCCGCGGGGGACGCCCGGGCGGCGGAGCAGGAGGCGCAGAUCCGCGCCUGGCGGGAGCGCGCCGCGGAGGUGGCGGCGCACAAGGACGCGCGAGUGCGGGGCGUGAUGGACAAGUACGCCAUGCUGCGCAGGGCCGUGUCCGACUACAACCGCAAGCUGGAGGCGGCGGUGGCGCCCGGCCUGCCGCCCGGCAGCAGCAACACGGGGCCGCUGCUACUGCCGCAUGCUACUGCCAACGGCGGGGCAGGCGCAGGCCAGCUGUUGUCGGCGGCGUCUGGCGGCACCGGGGGACUUCUGUACGGCGGCGGUGGGGGAGCCGGGGGCUUCGGAGCUGGCGGCGGCGACACGCACACGCAGGACGGCAUGUUUGGGAUGACGUGGAUGGGCGGCGGCCACGGCGGCGCGGGGGGUGAUGAGGGCGGUGAUCUGACUCAGGGCCGCGACACGGAGCAGCUGCGGAUGGCGGCGGCGGAGGCGGCGGCCGCCAUGCUGGCGAUGCAGCUGUAGCGGCGUGCGGCUGUAGCAUGAGGAGUACAGCUGUAGCGGCGCAGAUGUAGCACAGCGGCUGUAGCAUGUGGCGUGGAGUGGAGGCGGAGGAAGAGGAGGAGGAGGCGGAAAGAGCUGCCAGUGUUGUCAGUCUGGCAGGCCCGCGCGGCAUCCAGUUGUGUUUCGUGGCAGCACGGCACGCGGCCCAGGCGCAUACAUGUCGACACACGCAGACACGCGGGGCUUCGGAGGUGCAACGCGCCGCCGGGGUUUCAGACGGGGCACAGUGGGUGGCAAAAGAGCAAGGCGGGAUCGCAGUUUGGCAUUGCGUGUGGUGAAGUUACAAUAGAAUACCAGAAUGUACGAUGAGAUGUGAUAUCAAGUUGCAAAGCAAGCUGGUGCAAGCCAACCAGCACCAGCAGAAUACACAAUGGCCCUUCCUCCCUCCCUGUAGCAGCGUAGCUGGUCAGUAGGCAUCUCAAGGCCCUUCUCUAGGAGGUCUUACUACUGGGAAUGUGGGUUUCUCCCACCAGAAAUAUGUGUAACCGUUGCAACUGCUUCAGCAACCUAAACGCGUCGCCACCCUAACAACCCGUUCAGCGCAGUACGUUGGAACCUGCUGGUGCUCCCACCCGCGCACGCAACCCAGGCUUGCGUGCCCCCAAGGGCCAAGGCCCCAACUAAAGCCAAUCCAAAGGCCCUCUCUCAUGCAUUCGUAAACGAGCCUUUCCAUCAUUCUUUGCAUUGGUGAACAUACUGGCUGUCUGGCUCCAUGCGGGCCGUCCAACUCCUUCAGCCGUGAUCGCAGGCAGCGGCAGUGAGCAGCGCCUUUGGAAGCGCGCGGACAAGCAACUCGGUGCAUGGCCUUAUGACGUCACCACUUUCAGCCUCUGACACGAUCGACUCCCCAUCAUCCCCAUGAUUCCCAUGAUUAUAAAUCCAAAAGGCAAGUCAUCAUGCAAGUCAUUCCUUUUCCUUCUCCCUAGAAGCAUCACCGAUCCGUCAAUCAUCAACCAGCGCCGCCAUGGACGGAAGCGUAGGUGCUGAUAGCAGUUCAUUCCUGCAGUACGCACGGCAGCCAGCAGCCAAAGCUAGCGAGCAGGCAAGGGAAUCCUCCAGACUCCAGAGGCAGUGCUGUCUUGGUAUAAAGACACAGCCACACAUGUAACCGCCCGCCCCACCUCCGAGCAAUGUCCUUUGGAAGUCCCGAACUACUAACUUGCAAUUCCGACUGACCCCCGUGCGUAGCUAGUUAAGACCGCACCCAUAUCAAUGAUCCGACUGAGCGCUUAAAACGACUGGACGGGUCAAAGGACGUAACCCC